AUGUUUAUUCCCGAAAAUGUGAUUUACCAAGUUUCGUUUUCCGAAAUAAAAAGUAAAAGUUCAGGAGGUUUAAGUAAAUUUUCAACUUUUGAUUUAUAUACACAGCUUGAAAAUUUAGAUCCCGAUCAAUUAUUUAAAAAUUUUGAAAUAUAUGGUGGUUCAUGGUUAAUGGAUUUAUCUACAAAUCAAUUAGAAUUGAUUCUGGAUCAGCUCAGAUAUAUAUUAAGUUUACAACUAAACAGGAAUCUUGAGCUUUUAAAUCAGUCAAAAAUGGAGUCAUUAGAAUCAAAAGAAACUUUUGAUGAGUUACAAGAAUCUAAUAGUUUUACUAAUAAGCUUUUAGGAUAUAUAUUAAUACUUUUGACAAGAAUUCUUGAAAAAAAGCAAGAAAAGUUUGAUUUGGACUAUAGAGGAAUAUUAGACUCAAACAGAUUUACUCAAUUUGAAUUGGUUCGAAGAGAAAUUGUUUUCUAUCAAGAAAAUAAAAGCCUAGUAAUGAAUUGGUUUUAUUUGUUUAAAUGUAAGGAACCACUAACCAAAAGCAGUCAAUUAUGCAACUAUUUAACCAAAGUUUAUUCCGAUACUGAAAAAAAGUUUUUGUCAAAAACUAAAUUUUUUUCUGAAAUUUAUGAUAUAUAUGAAAAUGAUUGGGAAGAUAUUGAAGAGGAAUCUUCUGUCCCAAAGCCCAAAAUAAUCAAUAGAAGGCGCAGGUCAAAUAAGUACAUAUUUAAAAACAAAGCUAAAAUGAUUAAUAUUGGGAAGAAGAGAACUAAAUUAAAAUCAAAAAGUAAGUUAAAGCCUACAAGAAAGUUAAAUAGAAAAUUUAAAAGUAGACGAAGAUGA